GCUUUUCAACUGAAGUCCAGUCGGUAAAUCUUCUUUGUUCGGUCCACUAUCAGACUACCGGCGAAACGAAGCUUGGGAACUGCAAAAGGAAGGUUACGACAAUCAACGUCUCCGGGAAUGAGUGCAGGGGGAGCAUUUGGUGGAAAUAGAGGACUGAGACCAGUGCCGCCUGAAAAAGGAGUUUUUCCGCUGGACCAUAUGCAUUUAUGUGACCUGGAGAAGAAAGAGUACCUCAAUUGUCUUAAAUCCUCUGGGCAUAAAUCUGACAACUGUCGACACCUCUCUAAGAAGUACCUGGAGUGCCGUAUGGAGAAGAACCUGAUGGCAAAGCAAGACAUGUCAGAACUUGGCUUUGGCAAGAACUAUGAUGCAGAAGAUUCUUCAGAUGAAAUGACCAAUGGAACAAUAGAAAAAUGAAGAAUGAAGAAAAUAAUCCUUAAACUUGUUAAGUAUUUUCUGGGAUUUUUUCAGAAGCCUGGGUAGAAGCUUUACUAUUGUCACUUUGACAACUUUCACAGUUGCAUACAGGAGAUCAUCUUUUUCCAUGUGUAUUCUUUUCUACCCCAAAUCAUUGCUCAUUAUCUCACAUACUUCAUUUUGUUACCUCCUUUUUCCUUUUCUUCUUGUGAUUAUGUGUACCUGAAGGCAAAAAUGUAUAGCAAUAGAGAAGGAGAAGGAAAACGAUAAAACGAGGAAAUGUAUGCACAUUCAGGCUAAUGAUCAUUAUGUUUCUUCCUAAUCUCUUUUA